UUGGUAAAUUUUAUUCACAUUAUACAUGAAAACAAUAAAUUAUAGGAACUAACUUAAAAAUUGGAUAGUACAACAGAUUGCACUGAUCUGAGAGUUAUUUCACGAUUUUCUUGUAAACCCUAAAAAUGAGACCUGACCAACACAAACAGAAAAAAAAUACCCAGUAUAAAAAGAAACAUGGGAUGACAGAGAAAAAUAAAGAUGUUAAAGAUAAAAGAGACGGGAAAGCAGAAGGUUCAAAACAGCCAUAUAGGCCUGAUGCUUCAAAGGGGGAGCAAACAAAGACAGCAGACAGACAUAAAACUAAAGCAAACUUAUCUGAUAGUAGUGAGAGCAGUGAUGAAAAUGAUGGGACUGGUACCACAAAAACCAGUUUUCAAAGACGUAAAUUGGUCAGUAACUGGGACAGAUAUGAACUGCCUCCAGAAGAAGAAUCUUCAAUAUUAUCAAAGGGAGAUAAUUUCUCAAAAUUACUACAAUCUGCUGGUAGUUCUACAUCACAGUUCAGAUUUAAAGAAGAAGAGGAAGACUGGGUUCCUUCUGAACAAUCAGAUAUUCUUUCUCUAGAUUUACAAGAUCUGUCAUCAAGUUUGGGUUGUGUCCCUUUGUACAAAGUUCUCAGAUUGAACAAAGAUCUUUUUACUGCUGAGCAGAUAGAAGAAUUUGACAGAAGAUCGACAGAAAACCAGAGAAAAUAUACAGAAAAACUUGGAAAUAAAUCUUCAAAUUUAGUUUCAUCUUCCGAAGAUAUAAAGACAAUUGAAAACAGUAUUGUAAAAAAGACAGGAAGAAGGUCAAACGAAUCAUUAACAUUAGAAUCUAAUGCUUUAGAUGAAUUAUUAGAUUCUGUGGUAUUGGAUCCUUCAUCAGACGUAAACAAACAAUCAUUGUCAAAGAAACAAAAGAGUGAAACAGUUUCGACUCUGGAGAAUGAUUUAGAUGAUUUGCUUUCUUCAGGGAUCCAAGAGAAACAGAAACCAGUAGUAAAACAAGAAACCUUAGAGUCUAACAAGAAAUCCUCAUCAGGUACACAAGAAAACGAUUUAGAAGAUUGGUUGGAUAGUGUACUAGAUAGCUAACUAAUCAGAUUUUAGGUUGAAAGGUGUUGAUGGAAUGAAUCUCUGAUAUUCCUAUGAUUCCUUGGUGCUUCGUUAUGCUAAGAACAAAGUGCUGGACUUAGAUUUAUCAUUAUUAACAGUGCAAUUAAACUUUAUUUAAACUUCA